AUGACUUCUCUACAAUCGUCGGCAGCCUUGUACGAGAACAAUGAAACGUACCAGGAAAAUAAUCAAAGCCCAGUUAAUUUGCAGCAACAACAACAACAACAACAACAACAACAGCAAGAAGCACGAGGCACGCAGUCUCACAGUCACCAUCAAUUACCACCACUGCAGAGCAAUAACCAGGGCCCCUUGCUGAAUCAUCAAGCUCCUCCAGUCCCAAACCAAGGACAGCCCAUGUAUUAUCAACCUGCAAUUGACAACUCACCUACUUCAAGUACCGCUUCUACUUACUUUGAAGGUGUAGACUACGACGGACAGAUACCAAGACCCCCAGCACCUCUGCAACAAACUCAAGCACAAGUACGACACCAAUUUACACAGGAACCACAACAACAAGGACAGGUAUCCCAGCUCUCUGACCAUACUCAAAUGCCUUAUCACAUGCACGAUAAUACCAGUGUGACAGCGUCAGAAACAUCCUCGACAUCCGCAAUACCCCACCAGACUUAUGAAUUGUACGAAAACGGAACACUUGAUGGAGCAGAAGUAACGUCAACAUUACCCAACCUGGUUGACCAUGCUUAUCAAACAACACAGCAGCAACAACAACAACAGCAACAACAACAACAGCAACAACACUAUCUGGUGGAUCAAACACCAGCGGCCAUGUCUCAAGCAGACGAGCCAGAGAUAAUUGACACAUCAGCAGACGUUGCGGGAGAACAGCCAUUCUACGUCAACGCUAAACAAUACCAUCGAAUAUUGAAACGAAGAAUAGCUCGUGCGAGGUUGGAGGAAAGUCUCAAAAUCGCCAGAAUAAGAAAGCCAUAUCUUCAUGAAUCAAGACAUAAGCAUGCCAUGAGAAGACCAAGAGGCCAAGGAGGAAGGUUUUUGACGGCGUCUGAAAUUGCUGAGUUGGAAAAACAAAAAAAGAUGGAACAAGAGGCUCAAGAAAAAGCAGAAAAAGAGAAGGAAAGCGAGCCAACAAAAAAUGAGCGACUAGAGGUUGAAACACCAACUGAAGUUGGUGCAAAUGGAGCGCAACAAUCUGAAUCUGCACAGGCAAGUGCACAGGUUGAGGAAAAUGAGAGGGGCAACAACAACAACAACAACAACAGCAACAACAACAACAGCAAAAGUAAUAUCAUGAAUGGUUCACUGAGUAACACAAACAAGACAGAAUCAACAGAAGGGAAACAGGAAUCUAUGCUGGAUUCUACACCUCAUCCUUCUUUGAAUAGCACAUUUGGUGUUGCCACCAAAGAACCAGUACUGGUGGAACCUAAACCUGACACUAAUGAUAUUGGUGAUAUAAAUGAAGCAGGCAAUACCGGCGAUGACACUAACGAAAAUAAUGGCGAGUUGAAGCAGAAUCCAAAAGAACAAAAUCAAUUAGAAGAAACUACAAAAGCCCCUCACGAAAUAGCAGAGAACAAAUCUUCAAAUGAUGUUUUCGUAAAAGAAGAAACUCAAAAUUAG